UCUCACGCACUGUGUCGCCCAUUCCCGCGCCCCAGGCGCACUCUUCCCAUCCAAAUGACUCCAUCAGAAACUCAUUAAAAUCAAAUUACCCAUCAGACGAUAUUCCACAAUCACAUGUUCACAGUCAAAUAAAAUUUUCACGUCUCCAAUGAGUGAUUCUAAUUGAAUAAAUGAGUGAAGCGCCGACGAGAUAAGAUUCCGUUGAAUAAGUGGAUAUCCCCCGGAGGUAGACAGACCCGCAACACACGAACUCAACGGACACUCGGAGUGACGAUCACCCAGCGGCGUGAUGUGAAUUGAGUCCCUGCAUCGUAUUAAUAAGUCAUGGCUGCAACCAUAAUAAUCGGAUGAAUCCAAUGGAAGUGUUUGCAUUUUCUUGUGCCUCAUGCGUGAUAAGAUACAUACAUUGGACGAGAAUAUUAUUGAUGAGUUAUCGGGUGUUAAUGCCCCUAAUAAUUUAGAGUCGGAUUGUGUUGAGUGGAGUGAUUGAAAUUAUCGUUCUGCCUGAGUCUGUUAAUUCAAUCUGCUUGGUUUAAUGAAGGAAGUAUUGAGAUGGAUGCUAGCAAACAAUUUGUCCAUGAAAAUCCGAGAAACAAGGCGAAUAUAUUCGCAAUUCUGCUCUGGACAUGGACCUUGAAAUUCUUCAAAACUGGUUAUAGAAAAGCAUUGGAGCCCUCGGAUCUCUUUGAUCCCCUACAAUCGGAUAAAUCUGGUAUACUUGGGGAUAGAUUAGAGAGGGAAUGGAUCAAAGAGCUAGAGAGAUGCAAGAGAAACAAGAAAAGCCCGAGCUUUCUCAGGACGAUACUUCGGUGCUUUCUGUGGGAGUAUUCUCUCCUCGGGCUUCUCCAAAUUUUCAAUGAAUUUUUUUUACGACUGGGCACCCCGAUGCUCCUGGGAGGACUUCUCCGCUACUUUCGAGCCGACGAGUCGACCCGCGUCUUCGACACAGCCCUGAUAUUCGCCGCCGGAAUAUGCGCGGCCACCGCCCUGAACGCAAUAACGAUAAACCAGUCGGUCUUCGGUGCUUUCCACAUCGGCGGAAGGAUCCGCAUAGCUGUGUGUUCAGUCGUCUACAGAAAAUCCCUCCGCCUGAGCAUAACAGCCCUAGGGGAAACAGCCCCAGGAAAGGUGGUCAACCUUGUAGCCAACGACGUAAAUCGCUUCGACGUAGUCUCAGUCUUCAUCCACUACAUGUGGUCAGCGCCCCUGUCCGCCAUCAUCAUCGGGUACUUCCUCUACGUCGAGGCCGGGUACGCGGGAGUCUUCGGAAUUGCCGUAGUGUUCAUAGUCGUUCCGAUUCAAUCCUACACCGGCAAGCUUUCUUCAAUCUUCCGCCUCCAGACAGCCAUAAAGACAGAUGAGCGAGUUCGCUUGAUGGACGAGAUUAUCUCCGGCGUUCAAGUGAUAAAGAUGUACGCCUGGGAGAAGCCAUUCUGCGCGAUGAUCGAGUUGGCGAGACGUCUCGAGCUCCGAGUUGUCCGCAAAAGCUCAUGGAUCCGGGGCGUCUUUAUGACAUUCAACCUCUUCACAACCCGAAUGGCUGUCUACUGUACGCUCAUCGGAAUGCUGUUCUUCGGCCAGCCCUUGACAGCGGAAAAAGUCUUCGUCUUCUCCUCGUACUUUGCCACUCUCUCCCAAACCAUGUCUGCCAUGUUCGUUCGAGGUGUCGCUGAGAUCGCCGAGUGCAUGGUUGCCGUCCGCCGUCUCCAGCACUUCCUCAUGUACGACGAAUUCCAAAUGCUGGAGAACCGAACAGUUUCGCCGGAGUCAGGUGCUCCUUCCAAAUCGUCCAAGCCAGACGUUCCUUUUAUCGACGACGAUAUCAUCCACGAAUCCCCGGUCAGGCAGAACGGUCUGGCGUUGGUGGCUAGCGAUCUGGUGAAGAACACCGCGAACUACGCAGCUAGCCAGAAUCAAGGGUCAAAGCCGAGUCACAUCGCUGUCUCCCUGAAGAAUCUGACCGCCAAGUGGGAGCCGCAAGAGCCUGAGAACAUCCUUCAAGAUGUGAACGCAGAUAUUGAAAAGGGGAAGUUGUACAUUGUGAUCGGUGCCGUGGGAUCUGGCAAGUCCUCCCUCAUAUCGGCCAUCUUGGGCGAGAUGUUCAUAGCUGAAGGUCGCGUUGACAUCAAAGGUGGGAUCAGCUACGCGAGUCAAGAGGCCUGGGUCUUCGGUUCUACGGUCCGCCAGAACAUAAUCUUCGGACAGCCUUACGAUCGCCAGAGGUACCAGAGGGUCGUCAAGGCCUGCGCCCUCCUGAGUGAUUUCAAGCAGUUCCCCCAGGGGGACCAGACAAUCGUCGGGGAGCGAGGAAGCUCGCUGUCAGGAGGCCAGAAAGCCAGGAUAAACCUUGCCAGAUCCGUCUACCGUCAGGCGGACGUUUACAUAUUCGACGAUCCUCUGAGUGCUGUUGACACUCACGUCGGAAAGCACCUCUUCGAGGAGUGCCUCCAGAGGUAUCUAGUUGGAAAGACGAGAAUCCUAGCGACUCACCAGCUACAGUUCAUCAAAGGGGCAGACGCGAUUCUCCUGUUGGAGCACGGAAAGCUAAUCAGAUUCAACAAUUACGUGGAUCUCUUAGCUGAGAGGCCGGUGUACGCUGGCCUCCUGGCGUCAGACUCGGCAUCAGAAACUGGGGACGACUCUUCAAUGGAGAGAUCAGGAAUGCGACGACAGGUGUCCACGGGCUCCACCAGAAGUCGAACCCCAGACAUGUCCGGAGGGGACACCGACGCCGAGGAUGAGGACGACGAUCCAGAGGCCGAGAAUGUUCUCGAGGGGACGUCCAAGGGGAUCAUCAAGGGGUCGAUCUACGGAAAGUACUUCAGAGCUGGGGGCAACUGGUGCUUCAUCCUCACGGUGGGAUUGUUCUUCCUCCUAGCUCAGUGCGUAGUCACCGUCAAUGAUAUCUUCUUCCCGAAAAUGGUGGACUUCGAAGAAAAUCGUCAUCAUGAAUUCGAGAUGGCCCGGUGGAAUGUGACAGGCAAUUCCACUGACUCCGAAUACCCGAUAUCGCCGGCUUACCCGUACGUCUACAUCUACACAGCGAUCGUCCUCUCGAUCUUCGUAAUCGGCAUCACGAGAUCGUUCUUGUUCUAUGGACUUGCGAUCGGUGCGUCGCAAAAGUUGCAUGACAGAGCGUUUGGCGCCCUCAUCAGAACCGGAAUGCGGUUCUUCGAUACGAACCCCAGCGGACGAAUCCUGAACAGAUUCUCCAAGGACAUGGGGGCCAUCGAUGAACUUCUACCGAAAGCUCAACUGGACGCCGGCCAGAUCAUCAUGAUGAUGUUCGGAGCGCUGGCUGUGGUGUGCUAUGUCAACCCCAUGUUCAUAGCUCCCCUGGUGGUCAUGUCGCUGAUAUUCUACUGGAUCCGCAAGAUCUACCUCAAGACCAGCAAGAAUAUAAAGCGCUUGGAAGGCAUGCUGCGGUCUCCGGUCUUCACGCACCUAAACGCAACUCUUCAUGGCUUGUCGACGAUCCGUGCGUACAAUGCGCAGGAGAUACUGAAGGUGGAGUUCGACAGAUUUCAGGACAGCCACAGUUCGGCCUGGUACAUGUUCAUAGUCACCAGCACAGCAUUUGGCUUCUCCCUCGACGUCUUCUGCUUCAUCUUCACGGCGAUUGUGACGUUUACGCUGCUGUUCCUCGAUGGAUACUCAGGAUCCCAGGUGGGUCUUGCUAUAACAACCGUCAUGUCGAUGACGGGGAUGAUCCAGUGGGGGAUGCGCCAGUCUGCUGAGGUCGCCAACCAGAUGAUGUCGGUGGAGCGAGUUCUUGAGUACACGCUAUUGCCACCUGAGGACAACCUCUGUGACAGGGGUCCCAUGGACCGGAAGAAGAGGACGAAGCGUGCUGACGCGGAGAUGGAGAAGUUGCCGGUUCCGGCGCCGAAGAAUUGGCCAAGUGAGGGGACUAUCAGGUUCAGAUACGUGUACAUGAGGUACGCUGACGAGGAUCCACCGGUAUUGAAGGGUCUGGAUCUGGUGAUCAAGUCGAAGGAGAAGGUGGGGAUUGUGGGGAGGACUGGGGCGGGGAAAUCCUCCCUGAUAUCCGCGCUGUUCAGGCUGGCCAGGGUUGAGGGGGUCAUUGAGAUCGAUGGGGUGGACACUGGGAGCAUAUGCUUGGAGGAUCUCAGGAAGAGAAUAUCGAUCAUUCCGCAGGAUCCCGUGCUCUUCUCUGGAACUUUGAGGAAGAAUCUGGAUCCUUUUAAUGAGUUCAGUGAUGAGGCACUUUGGGCUGUUCUCGAGGAAGUGGAGUUGAAGGAUGUGGCUGCCAGUGGGGUUCAUGGGUUGGAGAGCAGGGUCUUUGAUAGGGGGACUAAUUACAGCGCUGGGCAGAGGCAACUGGUUUGCCUCGCCAGGGCCAUUCUGAGGAACAAUAAAGUACUUAUGUUGGAUGAGGCGACGGCUAAUGUCGAUCCGCAUACUGACGCGCUUAUUCAGAGGACUAUUAGGACUAAGUUUGCGGAAUGUACGGUGUUGACGGUGGCCCAUCGGUUGAACACAAUCAUGGAUAGUGAUAAGGUUCUUGUCAUGAAUCAUGGGCGCUUGGCGGAGUAUGAUCAUCCGUAUAUUUUACUGCAGAAUGAACGGGGACAGUUUACGUCUCUCGUCAGGGAGACUGGUCGGGCUAUGCACGAUCAGUUGUUCAGGGUUGCUAAGAAGGCGUAUGAAGAGCGCUAUGGGGAGAGAUUGUGAGAGCACUAGGCACUGUCUCUAGGUAAUUGAAAUAAUCAUUCAGUGAUGAGGUGAUAAAACGUGAUAAUUUUGCGGAAACGUGGAAGAAACUCAAUUGUUUAGUUGUUUUGUCACGCCGUAUCAGAAUUAUCUCAGGUGUACUUACAUGCCCAAGGCCUUACACUUGUUAAUCAAGUAUUACUUCAAUAGUGCUUGAGAUUAAAUUUUUAUAAUCAAUGUACAAAUAACUGAAGUGGUAUAAUUCAACUGCAUUAUUCCAAUGCGCUUAAGUGAUUCAUCAGUUUCAAAUUUUUGAUAUUAAUUUUUUGAGCUUGACGUCUAUCUUCACCAAAGUCUUCACAUAAUCUGAUAGAGAAAUAUACUUUGUGGAUAUUUUUGUAUUAUACGACGGAUGGAGAGUAAGAUAACUGACCUGAUAGAUCGCAUGGGGAAAAGGAAAGAAUUUUCAAUUCAGUGACGAGACAAUUUUCUGGAGUUGAGAUUCCGCUGAAUAUCUGUUUUCUUUUCGCAACUGAAUUGUUCAAAUUCAUUCUCUACCGCAUGAAUAUAUUUUAUAUAAUUUUCGAGUGCAUUCGUGCGAUUCUGGAGAGGAAUACUUAAAGAAUAGACUUUAUAGUCAUGAUUCGUCAAUUAUUGUAAAUAAAUAGAUUGAGGGAAUAAUGUA